UUGCCUGGUACAGCUGCUUCAGUUGAAUUUCAGUUCAGUUCGCCUGCCUAUAGACGCUCGCAGUACCAGUACAUUCAGUCUCAGUCUCACUUCAGUUCGUUUCGUGCGAGGCGAUUUUCACAGUCACAGGCACAGGCACCAGAACCGAGCACAGAGCACCGAGAACCCAGUCCCAGUAUCCAGUACAAGUAGCUGGACGGGCCAAGAAGAGUGAAGUAAACACCGAAACAAGGCAAAGUACCUGCUUAAGAGCUCAGCCCCCACAUUUCCCGUGAAAGAAGUCAAGCCAAGCCAGAAACAAAUAUGAGUGGAGACCGCCCGAAGCGUCCCCUUUCCGCCUACAUGCUGUGGCUGAACGAGACCCGCGAACAGAUCAAGAAGGACAACCCCGGCAGCAAGGUGACAGACAUCGCCAAGCGGGGUGGAGAACUCUGGCGCGGACUGAAGGACAAGACAGAGUGGGAGCAGAAGGCCAUCAAGAUGAAGGAGGAGUACAACAAGGCGGUGAAGGAGUACGAGGCCAAUGGCGGUACCGAUUCGGGGGCGCCCAAGAAGCGAAAGAAGGCGGCCGCCAAGCCCGCCAAGAAGGCCAAGAAGAAAGAGUCCUCCGAGGAGGAGGAGGAGGACGAGAGCGAGUAGGCGGUUGCAGCCUCCGGAAUGGGCAACGUUUUUCUGCAUAAGUUUUAAAAUACAUUUUAUUAAUGUAAUUUUUUAAGUGACAAAAAGAAAACCCACAAAAAUGGAAACCAACAAAAAAAACAAAACUUAAUUAAAAAAAUCUCCAAAAAAAUAUGAAAAAAAAACACAACAAAAAAAUGAAUUAAGACCUUAAAUCUUUAAAUAUGCACUAAAUCCAUAGACAUGAGAACACACACACAGAUACACACAUGCCAACACACGGACACAGCAUAAACCAUAAAGACUAAGUUAAAGAAGUGAAAAAUCACACACACAUUAUUUCCAGUCAACUGUUCAUUAUAUUCUAGGUUUGUACGUAUAAAUGUAUCUAUAUGUAUGACACUCUUCUUAAACACAUGCAGCCCACUGCCCCCACGAGGGGAUUCCCCGCGCCCCCUUUAGCCACUUUCGAUUGCAUCAAGUUAUUUGAAUUUUGAGUCCCUCGAUUCGAAAGCAAAAAGUUAUAUAUAUAUACAUACAUUUUAAACUAUAUACAUAAAUAUAUAUUUAAAUAUAUAUUAUGUAAUUUAAAAAGGAAAAACAAAAAACCAAUAUUACAAUUAUGUAAUUGUGAAUGUAGAGCUGAAUGGAAUAUUUAAAAAAAAUAUAUAUAAAAAAUUGUGAAAACAUUAA